AUGACUGUCGAAUACGAAGUAAAAGAACUUACUCCUGCUCAAAUUAAAAUCAUCAAAGAUACCGUUCCAAUCUUGGAACAAGCUGGUGAAACUUUGACUGCUAAAUUCUACAACCGUAUGUUGACCAAUUACGAUGAAGUCAAACCAUUCUUUAACAUCACUGAUCAAAAACUUUUAAGACAACCAAGAAUUUUGGCUUUUGCUUUAUUGAAUUAUGCCAAAAACAUUGAAGAUUUAGCCCCAUUAACUUCUUUUGUUCAACAAAUUGUUAGUAAACAUGUUGGUUUACAAGUUAAAGCUGAACAUUAUCCAAUCGUUGGUACUUGUUUGAUUGAAACCAUGAUUGAAUUAUUACCAGCUGAAGUUGCAAAUAAGGAAUUUUUAGAAGCUUGGGGUACUGCUUAUGGUAAUUUGGCUAAAAUUUUAAUUGAUGCCGAAGCUGCUGAAUAUGCUAAAGAACCAUGGAAUGGUUUCAAAGAUUUUAAAGUUACCAAGAUUAUUGAUGAAUCUGUUGAUGUUAAAUCUGUUUAUUUCACUCCUGUUGAUGGUUCAAAAAUUCCAUUACCAAAACGUGGUCAAUAUGUUUGUUUCAGAUGGCAAUUACCAGGUCAUGAAUUUGAAAUGUCUAGAGAAUAUUCCAUUUCUGAAUUCCCAAAAGCUAAUGAACUUAGAAUUUCCGUUAGACAUGUUCCAGAAGGUUUAGUUUCUGGUUAUAUUCAUAAUAAUUUGAAAGUUGGUGAUAUUUUAAAAGUUGCCCCACCAAAUGGUAAUUUUGUUUAUGAACCAAGUAAGAAAAAUUUGGUUUUAUUGGCUGGUGGUAUUGGUAUUACUCCACUUGUCUCUAUUAUUGAAGCUGGUCUUGAAGAAGAUAGAAAUGUUAAAUUGUUAUACUCCAAUAGAGCUCCAGAAACUAGAGCAUUUGGUGAUCUUUUCAAACAAUUUAAACAAAAAUAUGGUGAUAAAUUCCAAGUUAUUGAAUAUUUCUCUGAUGCUAAAGUUGAUGAAUCUAGUGCUAUUGAAAAACAUUUCAACCGUGGUUUGACUUUAGAAGAUUUAGAUUUCAUUACUCCAGAAGAUGAUGUUUACCUUUUAGGACCAAGAGGUUACAUGAAAGCUCUUAAAGAACAUUUGGGAGGUAAGAAAAUAGACUACAAAUUAGAAUACUUUGGUCCAUUAGAAGUUUAG